AUGGACAAAAAGAGUUUUACUCCAAAAUCACUUCAAAAGUCGAUCAAUUUUGCUUCUCGUGCUAGUGAAAGCAGUAAAACAUCUUCUCCUAUUCCUCACAAUGUUGGAAAUUCAAGGAUCAUUAAAGCUUUCAUAAAGACAUCCAAAUAUGGCUCGACUCAACAAACUCCAACCAGGGUGCUUACUUCCCCCUCCUUGCCAUCAACUUACCCGCAAACUUUCGUUGAUCCCAGGAAGACAGACAAUGCAACUCCAAAUAAUAUGAUGACCGCAAAAGUCUCAAUGGAAAAAAAGAGUUCAACUCCAAAAUCACUUCACAUGUCAAUCAAUUUUGCUUCUCGUGCUAAUGAAACCAAUAAAACAUCUUCUCCUCUUAUCCACAAUAUUGGAAAUUCAAGGAUCGUUAAAGCUUUUGAUAAGACAUCCAAAGACAGCUCAACUCAACAAACUCCAACCAGGGCAUCUGUGAAUGGGGUAUCAAAGCAUCCUUCAGUAACCCAUCUAGCAGAAUGUAGAAGGUCUAAAGCUCUUCUUGAUCAAUUUCUGGAAACAGAAUGCUGGGUGGGAAAUCACAUACCUUACCUAUGA